GUAGACCGGUAAACAUCAACAUCUCGGUGUUGAUAUAAUUAUUUUCAUUUUAAUUAUUUAUAGUAGAUUAGUUGAGGAUGCAGAAGGAAAUACAGGAUCUCGUGGAGAAGUCGUUGAAGAAGGCGAGAAGGCUGAGGGCGGCGGGUAAUUACGGUCAUGCAUAUGCUCAUUACACUGCUGUCGUGGAAUUGGCACCUGACAGAAGACCUGAGGUCGAGCAGGAAUUUACUGAUGUCCUGUGCAAGUGGGGAAUGGAUUUGGAGAAGGUUGACUUUGAAAAGACUGUUCUGUGCUACACUAGAUCUCUGGAGAUUUUUUCGGAGAAUCCACGAAUGCUCAAUAAUUGCGCUGCACAUUACCUGAGACAAGACUCCCCGAGAGAGGCUCUUCCAUACCUAAGACGUGCCCUAUCGGUCUCCCCAGACUUCCUCCCCGCCGAGUGGAACCAGGACUACGCCUAUAACCUGCUGAUAGACCGUUGGCAUUUUCCAAUGCUGAACGAUCGAGUCCGAAACACGAGAUACGAGAGAGCAAUCUCCAACAAAAUCUCCCAGGGCUACACAACAGUCCUAGACAUCGGUACAGGCAGUGGUCUCCUGUCCCUCUACGCCAGGGACUCUGGAGCCCUCCGGGUGUUCGCCUGCGAGCUCUCAACAGAGAUGUCCCUGAUCGCUGCCAAAGUCUUCUCCAGGAAUAACAGCAAUGACAUAACACUCCUCCCCCAGCACUCAACAGCCCUCCAAGUUCCUAAAGACAUCAUCCAGAGGGUAAGGCUCAUCGUCACGGAGACCUUCGAUGCUGGAGUCUUCGGGGAACUCGUCCUCUCGAGUCUCAUCCAUGCCCACGAACACCUCCUCGCCGAUGAUGGAAUUGUCCUCCCCAUGAGAGCAACUGUCUUCGCCGCAGCUGUCGAGAGUCCACAGAUUCGUUUCAUGUCGUUUGUCACAGCCAAAUCCGAUGUCACCCUGAAUUUCACAGGGAUCGAUAUCUACUCCGAUAACAAAAAUUACGAUGCCAUCAGCCUCAAGCAGGAGGAGACACUCUACAUGACAGAUCCUGUCGAGGUACUUCGAGUGGACUUCAAUAAUUUGACUCAACUCAAGGAACUUCACACUCAGGGCAUGAAAAAUAUUCAUUCAGUCAAGGUGAAGAGGAAUGGAAUGAUCGACGGUGUUGUGACGUGGUUCAGGCUUCAACUCGAUGAGGAGAAUAUCCUGGACACCUCGGAGGAGGACUCAUGCUGGCAGUUCGCAGUAUUCGCUGACAAGCCAGUGAAGUGCCAAUUGAAUCAGGAGUUGAAGAUCGUGACAGAGUUGUGGCAGGAGAAAUUGCACUGCAUCUACGAGUUCCCAAAGGAGAGCCCCGAGAACUCAACCUGGAGAAGGUGCAAAGGGUUCUUCUUCAUCCCCCAGCAUGUCAUAAUGUUCCUGAAUGACGAGGACUACGUCACCGCCAUAUCCCGAGUUGCCAAGUCCCACAGAGACAACAGAUGCCGAUUUAUCCUGGACGCCUGUCCAUUUCCAGUUUAUGGGUUGGAGAUGCUCAAGUGGAAUGAGGAUGUACUGAGGGUGUACUGUUACGCUGAGACUGAGCAGCUGGGUGAAUUGAUCCUGAGAAUCGCUGAUCAGAGUGGAAUCGACAAGGAGAGGAUCUGUAUUGUCGAGAGCAUCGACGAGAUAGACAGGUGUUUGGAUGUAAUAUUCAAUCACAAUUUCAGCAUUCAAGGGGAGAUCAAUGACUGGAGUGAACCCAGUUUGUACGACGCCCUGAGACUCACCCUCGCAACCGAUGGCUUUAUGCUCCCCAGUAAGAUAUUUCUCAUCGGUCAGCUCGUACACUCCGAGGAUCUUCCCAGGAUGGUGUUCGUUGAUGACAAUAAUGUUCAGAGAUCACUUGGAUCAUCUGACUACGUUCUCGGUGAAUUUGUCAAUCGUUACUCCUGCAGGCAACGAUUUGAUCUUGACUCCACACUCUAUAACUACGAAGAGGUCACCCAGGAGAGGGUUCUCGUCCAGAUUGACGAGGGCAAUGCCACAACUGCGGUCGCUGAUUUUGGGAUAAUCCAGGGGGAUGUACUUCCCAAUGUUCUCAUCUGCUGGUACACUAUUCAUCUCGAUGAUGACAACUGCAUCAGCUCCAGGAGAGACAACUCAUUCAUGAAUCAUUCAGCUAUUGUACUUGGGGAUGAUCUCAAGGGCAUUGUCCAGAGGCGCGAGAAUGUCAGAUUUAAGGUCUUACAGAUGAAGGGACUUACCAGGGUUACUCUCCUUUCGUGAAAUGUAUGGGUGUAAUAAAUGUUUCUAUGUGAUUUUUA